AUGACACCCAACUUGCCUCCACGUAAUACAUUCACAGCCCACAGCGGCAACACGUACUCCUUCAUCUCCAUCCAACCCACAUCCCGCACCACAACCCUCCUCUUCCUCCACGGCUUCCCAUCCACCCUCAACGACUGGCUCCAUCAAAUUCGUCAUUUCUCUUCCCAGGGAUAUGGAGUUGUUGCGCUUGACAUGCUCGGUUACGGAGAGACCAGCAAACCCGACCAUGUUGCCCAGUAUCGCCUCAAGCCAAUGAGUGAUGAAGUCAUCGAGCUUUUGGACCAUCUUAAGUUAAAGACCGCUGUGGGAGUAGGUCACGACUUUGGCGCGACGCUGCUAUCUAGAAUAGCAGCGUAUCAUCCAUCGCGAUGGGAAUCACUCGUUUUUAUCGCUGUCGGACCGCCGCCGCUUGCAACACCCUUUAAUGUAGACAUGAUCAACCAGAUGACCAAGCAAAUGCUAGGCUACGAGAUGCUCGGAUACAUUCCCUGGCUAGCGGAUCUCGACUCCCAGACUAUUCUUGAGAAAAACGCUGAGGCUGCGAUGAGUCUGAUGUUCUGUCGUGAUCGGGAGGCGUGGGAGGAGUGGUUUCAUCCUCUCGGGAAGAUGCAUGACUUUGUACGAGAGAAUCGCAGACUUACCAUCGCAUCGUGGUACACUCAGGACCUUCAAGAGGCCCACCUCAAGGCCUUUGGUUCACCGGAUGGAUACAAGGGCGUUUGCCGGUGGUAUCGCAUGUGGAAGGAUAACCUCUUUGCGCCAGAUGAGAAAGGGUUCGAAAACUUCAAAAUCCAACAGUCAGUUCUUUUCAUCGUACCUUCUCUCCCCCGAGAGUCAAUGACCCAGCAGAAAGAAAUGCUUUCAUCUUGGGCUCCAAAUCUCCAAACUGUCAGUCUCGACACCAGCCACUGGCUUCAUCUCGAACAACCCGACCAAACCAACACAUCCAUCCAAGCGUUCCUAACUUCAAGCGGGCAUGUUUAG